UCUCACGGGCAACGGCCUGUUUUUUUUUUUUUAUCAUCGGGUAACGGCCUGUUUGGACGAAGGCAGUUCCCUUGCUGAUCCGGCCAAGUCAGAUUCGGUUCCUGUUCAUACCUAGUGGCUGCCCGUUUGGAAAGGCUCCGGGCUGCGGAGUGGGCUUUUUCGCUCGGCCUUAAUAGAACUUUGGAAACACGUUGCGAUCCCAGGAACACGUCAAAAUGACAUGGAGAUCACAGACACAGAAAAUAUCACACGCGCGGGUCCUGCGUUUCUGCGAAAUUAUCCCCUCCCGACCCGAGACGGGGGACCUCUGCCAAUUCGCAUCCAGCGCACCGGCGGCCGCGCAUGUUGACUGGCCCGCCCGCCUUUCCUCCCCGUUCUUUGCUUCGGGGGCAGGCCAGCCGCAAGCGAACCCACCCUGUCCGUGAAAGAGACCCAGCCAAGCCAGGCGCGGACGCCGCUGCAGGAGUCAAUCGGUUCGUGCGAUAGCCUAACCACUCAGCCCCCCGCUCCACUCGGCGGUCGAUCGGCGCCGCAGCGUGCCAUGACGGGCGGCGGCGGCAAGGGCGGCAGGGGUUGGUCCUCGCUGCCGGCGGACCUGCUGCUCGCCGUCUUCGCGCUCCUCCCCUCCGACGCCGACCGCGUCCGCUUCCGCGCCGUCUGCGCGGCCUGGGGUGCCGCCGCCGCCGCCUGGCGCCCGCGCCCCUGGCUCGUCGGCUCGCGCACCGACCGCUCCGGCCGCGGCGGCGGCGCCGUCUCGUCCUUUUGGCUCUCCCCCGGCGCCGGCCUCCUCCGGCCCUUCGACGCCGGCGUGCCCGCGGGGCUCGAGUACCUCUCCUCCUCCCGCGGGUACCUCGCGCUCUCCGACCCCAGCGUCAGCCCCAAGGCCGUCGUCCUCGUCAACCCCGUCACCGGCCGGCGCGUCCGCCUCCCGCCCAUCGGCUUCUUCAAGAGGUGGCUCGAUGUCACCACCGUCGUGCUGUCCGCCGACCCGGGCGCCGCGGCCGAGUGGUCGGCGGUCGCGGUCGGGUUCCCGACCACGUCCCUCGCGUACUACAGCUCCGCCGCCGGGGCGUGGGCGCGGCUCGACUUCGGCGCGCCCGGCUACGCCGGCGUCGAGCACUACAACGGGCGGUUCUACGUGGCCUUCGGCUCCCGGAUCUGCGUCCUCGAGGCCGACGGGGGCGCGCCCGCGGUCAUCCCGCUCGAGCGCGUCGACGACGACGGCGCGGACGGCUCGGACGACGAGCCGAAGCUCCCCGGCGGCGGCGGGAGGCGCGUCGUCGAGACGCACCUGGUGGAGUGCGACGGCCAGCUGCUCCUCGUCUCGGUGCACGACGACGUGGCCUACAACUCGGACGACGACAUGGGGGGCCUCGCCGUGGACGAAGGGGGCAGCAAGGGCGGCGGGGACGCGCGCGCGGUCGAGGUGCACAGGGUGGAGUGGCUCUGGGACGGGCGGGUGCGGCUGGUGAGGGAGACGGACCUCGGCUGGAACGCGCUGUUCCUAGGCCGGAACCGCGCGUUCGCGCUCUCGGCGGCGGAGUUCCCCGCGUGCCGCGUCAACUGCGUCUACCUCGUCGAUCGGCAGGGCCACCCGGACGGGGUCGUCAGGGUGCUGGACCUGGAGAACCAGUGGGCGCGCCGUGAGGAGACAAUCUGCCCCGACGACGGCACGGGAGGAUCCGCUUCGUCGGCCGGGUGGGCGCGCCGUGGCUGGUUCUUCCCCAACUACUAGUCACUGUUGUUGAGUCAUUAUUAGGUUUUGUCCUGUGGUCAUUUUGUCGUGAUGCUCUCUAGUUAUAUCCUUUUGGUUAACGAUUACACUUUCUUAUUGCAAUGUUUUCUUGAGGAUUGCUCUCUAAUCUUUCCUUUGCCAUUA